ACCACAACUCAAAGUAUUUGUGUUUUCCUGAUUGCAACUUACACUGAUGGGCAGCCCACUGAGAGUGCAAAGUGGUUCUGUAAAUGGCUGGAAGAAGCCUCUAACGACUUCCGCUUUGGAAAAACCUUCCUGAAAGGUUUGCGAUAUGCAGUAUUUGGACUCGGAAACUCUGUCUACAUUGGCCACUACAAUACAGUCGGUAUAAAUAUUGAUAAGUGGUUGUGGAUGCUCAGUGCUACCCGCAUAAUGACUCGCACCGAGGGAGACUGUAAUGUAGUGAAUAGUAAACAUGGCAGUAUGGAAGCAGACUUCAGAGCCUGGAAGAAGAAGUUCCUCAACAGGCUGCAGGCUCUGCUGAAGGGAGAAAAGAAAACCUGCAGUGGGAAAUGUAAAAAGGCAAAAUGUAAAUCUAAAAAGGAGCAUAAUACUGCUACAGUGGAUGCAGACCAGAACAAACACGGGGAUUCAGAACAUGAUGACUUUGAGCAGGAAGUGCUUUAUGAAACCACCAGCGAGUCAGAAUCUGAAGGGGAGAAAGAAGAUGGUGGUCUUAUUGAUGUGGAAGAUUUGGGGAAGGCAAUGCGGAGUAUGAAGAAAGCAAAGAGAGAACAAGAUGUUAAUGGAGAAGCUGGAAAUCUAGGAAAGUCUCGGAAGACUGCUGAAACCGCAGGGAACGAGGAGCCUAGAGAAAUGAUUACUCCUGCUCUACAGGAGGCUCUGACUAAACAAGGUUACAGACUAAUCGGAAGUCAUUCAGGUGUUAAGCUCUGCCGAUGGACAAAGUCCAUGCUGAGAGGAAGAGGAGGAUGUUACAAGCACACAUUCUAUGGGAUUGAAAGUCAUAGAUGUAUGGAAACCACUCCAAGCCUUGCUUGUGCCAACAAAUGCGUUUUCUGUUGGAGACAUCAUACUAAUCCAGUGGGAACUGAAUGGAAGUGGAAGAUGGAUCAGCCUGAGAUGAUACUAGAACAAGCCAUUGAGAAUCACCAAAACAUGAUUAAGCAGUUUAAAGGGGUUCCUGGUGUAAAACCUGACCGAUUUGAAGAAGGCAUGAAUGUCAAACAUUGUGCUCUAUCUUUAGUUGGAGAACCAAUUAUGUACCCCGAGAUCAACCAGUUACUCAAAUUGCUUCAUAAGCAGCACAUAUCCAGUUUCCUUGUAACAAAUGCACAAUUCCCAGAACAAAUGAGGUCUCUGGAGCCAGUCACACAGCUGUAUGUGAGUGUGGAUGCCAGUACCAAAGACAGCCUUAAGAAAAUUGAUCGCCCACUGUUCAAGGAUUUUUGGCAAAGGUUUCUUGACAGCUUGACAGCAUUGGCAGAAAAGCAACAGCGGACCGUAUACCGGUUAACCCUAGUGAAAGCAUGGAAUGUAGAUGAACUAAAAGCAUAUGCUGAUCUAGUCACCAUCGGCAAACCUGACUUCAUUGAGGUUAAGGGUGUGACGUACUGUGGUGAGAGUUCAGCCAGCAAUCUAACAAUGGCAAAUGUCCCUUGGCAUGAAGAGGUCAUUCAUUUUGUACAAGAGUUAACAGAUCUGCUCCCAGAUUAUGAAGUCGCAUGUGAACAUCAGCACUCAAACUGUAUGCUAAUUUCUCAUAAAAAGUUCAAGAUUGAUGGAGAAUGGUGGACUUGGAUCGAUUAUGAGAAAUUCCAAGAAUUGAUUCUCUCACACGAGAAGGGUGGUGGGACUGAGACAUUUACUGCUUUGGACUAUGUUGCAAAAACACCUAAGUGGGCUCUAUUUGGUUCCAGUGAGAGGGGUUUUGAUCCUGUAGACACACGUUUCCUGAGAAAAAAUAAAACCAAGGAUAUUUCUGGGUGCUAGGGACAAUUUUCUGCUGUAUAUUGAAAAUGUCUUUGCCUUUGCUUUAAAC